AUGCGUAAGAUUAUUUACUGGACGUUGAACACGUUCUUUCCCGCAAUACAGCUCUUCUUCGAGUCGGGCUCGUCGUGUACCAUCGACUGCGGGAGGUUCCCGGACGCAAUCGUUGGGCUGGAUCCCGCACUCCGAUUCAGAUUGACGGAUUGUGCAUACGAAGAAGAAGGUCGCGUGGUUAACAGCAUACUGCCUCGACGUUUUGUACAUUCCGGUACCGGUCUCGUCAUACAAGAAGCAGUAAUCGCCCAUCGCACGAGUAUUGCAAUCCGGAAUUUUUCGGAUCCACAGAAAACCCAGCUAUGGCGACCAGGCGUUGUUGUCCAGCCCAAGAUUACAAAAGAGCUGCACACAGUCGUUGGGCUCAGGCUGAGGGGAAUGGACAAAACAGCGUACAUAUGGGCGAAGGCUGCGGUGCCUACCGGAGGAAGGGUGUGGGGAAACGUGAGGUCAUCUGGCCUGCAAGACGAUCUGCCUGUCCCCAUACUCCCUUCUGUAGAGGAGGAGCCCGGCGCUCAAACAGUCGUGGUUAUUAAGGACAGCCUGAUCGAGCGCAAUCGCCAGGGCAAUAGGGAGAUGGGGACCUUCGAGGCCAUUACACCAGAAGAUUCUUCUCAGUACAUCUUGCAAGUUGCUGUUGGUUUUUACUCACAGCGUACAGAACUCUCCGAUACCAUCCACCUAUACAUCAUCAUGUCCGGCGCCACCGCUAUCGUCCUCUACCCUCGCAAGGAGGGCUCCACCUUUAACAAGGAGUACUACCUCAAGACACACAUGCCGCUGGCCAUGAAGAACUGGAAAGACCACGGUCUCAAGUCCUACGCCGUCAGUGAGCUCAACGCCGAUGGUCCAUACGCCAUCAGCACCGUCAUGGAGUUUGACAGCCCGGAGAGUGUCGGAAAGGCCUUGCAGAGUGAGGGCACCAAGGAGGUCAUGGAGGACGUAAAGAACUUCAGCAGCGAGACACCGAUCCUCGUUCACGGCAAUGUCGUCGGACGGAGUUAG